GAAUAUUCCAUUAAGCAAACUUUAACUGAUCCUCUUGUCAACAACUUCCAUUCAACAGUAGAAUUAUUAUUCCUCUACUGAAACAUUACAAUGGCCACCAUCACUGCUUGCACUUCAACCUCUUCGAUCACACCCACGGCUCUCCUGCCCAAAGGAUCCCUCGUACGUCCUACCGUAGUCGGGUUACCAGCAAUGGCGGCAAGGGUGGGCAAAGUGAGGUGUUCCAUGGAGGGAAAGCCUGCUGUGGAGGAGAGUGGCUCAAAUUUGGGGAUGGGUGCAUCACUGAUUGCGGCGGCAUGUGCUGCAACCAUAUCCAACCCAGCCAUGGCUUUGGUGGAUGAUAGAAUGACCACAGAAGGAACUGGGCUUCCUUUUGGUUUGAGCAACAACUUCCUCGUUUGGAUCAUUUUAGGUGUGUUUGGCUUGAUCUGGUCUCUCUACAUUAUCUACACUUCCACCCUUGAAGAGGAUGAGGAGUCGGGAUUAUCCCUUUAAUCUUUGCGCCUCUUGUGUUUGUUGUAAUGCUUCAUUGAGUACUGUGUAUUUAUGUACUGCUUAAUUACACUCUUAUCAUCUUCCAUUACUCCUUUUUUCUCUCUUUGUAAUUGAUAGUCUUAUACAAUUGAUAUGACAUGUGAAAUCAACAAUCAAUAAUACACCACCUCGUGGUAUCUUAGUGGUAACAAAAUCUUUCAGCCUCAGUCUGUCCCACGCCUAAAUAGGAGGGAGGGGG